AUGGCCCCUGGUAGAACGACCCCCGCUACGACGACGACUCGCAUAAAACGACCACCUCUUGAGUACAAUCCCACAGGUAGAACGACCCGCGCUACGACGACGACUUGCAUAAAACGACCACCUCUUGAAUACAAUCCCACAGGUAGAACGACCCCCGCUACGACGACGACUCGCAUAAAACGACCACCUCUUGAGUACAAUCCCACAGGUAGAACGACCCGCGCUACGACGACGACUUGCAUAAAACGACCACCUCUUGAGUACAAUCCCACAGGUAGAACGACCCCCGCAACGACGACGACUCGCAUAAAACGACCACCUCUUGAGUACAAUCCCACAGGUAGAACGACCCGCGCUACGACAUCGACUUGCAUAAAACGACCACCUCUUGAAUACAAUCCCACAGGUAGAACGACCCCCGCUACGACGACGACUUGCAUAAAACGACCACCUCUUGAGUACAAUCCCACAGGUAGAACGACCCCCGCUACGACAACGACUUGCAUAAAACGACCACCUCUUGAAUACAAUCCCACAGGUAGAACGACCCCCGCUACGACGACGACUCGCAUAAAACGACCACCUCUUGAGUACAAUCCCACAGGUAGAACGACCCGCGCUACGACGACGACUUGCAUAAAACGACCACCUCUUGAGUACAAUCCCACAGGUAGAACGACCCCCGCAACGACGACGACUCGCAUAAAACGACCACCUCUUGAGUACAAUCCCACAGGUAGAACGACCCGCGCUACGACGACGACUUGCAUAAAACGACCACCUCUUGAGUACAAUCCCACAGGUAGAACGACCCGCGCUACGACGACGACUUGCAUAAAACGACCACCUCUUGAGUACAAUCCCACAGGUAGAACGACCCCCGCUACGACGACGACUCGCAUAAAACGACCACCUCUUGAGUACAAUCCCACAGGUAGAACGACCCGCGCUACGACGACGACUUGCAUAAAACGACCACCUCUUGAAUACAAUCCCACAGGUAGAACGACCCCCGCUACGACGACGACUCGCAUAAAACGACCACCUCUUGAGUACAAUCCCACAGGUAGAACGACCCCCGCUAUAACGACGACUCCCGUAGAACGACAACUUCUUAGUACGACCUCGAAGGUAGAACGACCCCGAUAA